GCGCCGCGCAUAAAGAGCGGCGCUCCCACCGCGCAUCCCCCCAAAAAAUAUUCAUCACCGUCAGGCGGCCACUCGCCGGCAUGGACGUGGCAGGGAGCGCUCUGGAAGCGCCCUGGUGCCCUCCGGGCCCCGAGGCAGUCGCCCGCCCCUCACCGCUGGGCCUCUCACCCCGCGAUGCUUCGUCCCCGUCCGACUCGGCGCGUCACGCCCUGCUCGUGGUGCUGGGCGAACUCGCCAGCGAGAAUCAAGUGCGGGCCGCGGUGGCGGACGUGGAGAGAGGUGUGCGUGCCUGGGACGUCGACUCCACGUCGUGCCAUCUCGACCAGCAGCUGCAGCUCUUCGUGUCGCGACACUCGGCCCGGUUCUCCUCCGAUGUCAAAGGUCAGUGACCCCCUCCCCCUUCCCCGCCCCCC